AUGUCUCACGACAAGUAUCAAAGUCCUUUGACCUCCAGAUAUGCCUCCAAGGAGAUGGCUUUCAACUUUUCCGAGGACAAGCGUUACAUAACCUGGCGCAAGCUUUGGCUCAACCUCGCCAAGGCUGAGCAGCGUCUUGGUUUGACCGAUAUCACCAACGAAGCUAUUUCCCAGAUGGAAGCCAACCUUACUCACAUUGAUUACGAGGUUGCCGCUGCAGAGGAAAAGAAGAGACGCCAUGAUGUUAUGGCUCAUGUCCACACUUUUGGUUUGGUCGCCCCCAAGGCAGCUGGCAUUAUUCAUCUUGGCGCCACCUCUUGUUACGUGACCGACAACGGUGAUUUGAUUAUCCUCCGUGACGCCUAUGAUCUUGUCAUCAAGAAGUUGGUUCAUGUUAUUGAUAUUUUGACCAAAUUCGCUCAGGAAUACCGUGCAUUGCCCACUCUUGGCUUCACUCACUUCCAACCCGCCCAACUUGUAACUGUUGGAAAGCGCGCCACUCUCUGGAUCCAGGAACUCUUGUGGGAUCUCCGCAACUUUGAACGUGCACGUAACGAUCUCAAAUUCCGUGGUGUCAAGGGUACUACUGGUACUCAGGCAUCAUUCAUGGCCCUAUUCAACGGUGAUCAUGAUAAGGUCGAGGAAUUGGAUCAAUUGGUGACCGAGCUUUCCGGUUUCACCGAGGCAUACCCUGUGUGCGGUCAGACCUAUUCCCGCAAGAUUGACAUUGAUGUUUUGAACCCCCUGUCUGGCUUUGGUGCUUCCGCCCACAAGAUUGCCACAGAUAUCCGUCUUUUGGCCAACUUGAAGGAGGUCGAGGAACCUUUUGAGAAGGAUCAAAUCGGCAGCUCGGCAAUGGCUUACAAGCGUAACCCUAUGCGCUGUGAACGUGUUUGCUCUUUAUCUCGUCACUUGAUGGUCCUCGUCAACGACGCUUUGCAGACCAGUGCCGUUCAGUGGUUCGAGCGUACUUUGGACGACAGUGCCAUUCGCCGUAUCUCUCUUCCCGAAGCAUUCUUAACCACCGACAUUUUGUUGACCACCAUGCAGAACAUUUUUGAGGGUAUGGUAGUAUACCCCAAGGUUAUCGAACGCCGUAUCAACCAGGAGCUUCCUUUUAUGGCAACCGAGAACAUUAUUAUGGCUAUGGUCAAGAAGGGUGGUGAUCGUCAGGAGUGUCACGAAGAAAUCCGUGUUCUUUCCCACCAGGCCGGACAUGUCGUGAAGAUGGAGGGCGGUGAAAACGAUUUGAUUGAGCGUAUCAAGAAGACCAAAUACUUUGAGCCUAUUUGGGCAGACCUCCCCGCCCUUUUGGAUCCUUCAACCUUUAUUGGUCGUGCUCCUGAGCAGGUUGACUCUUUCGUGAAGAAGCACGUUGAGCCAGCAUUGGCUCCUUAUGCCAACGAGCUUAAGAACAAGACCAAGGCCGAGUUGUCUGUGAGCCCUGGUGCCGAUGAACAAGCACAUUUGUCGAUAUUCAUCAGAUCAAAACGCCAAAUUAUUCUAACAGGAACCGAGACGGAAGAGGAGGCAAAAAGAGCUGUGACAAUUCCAAUUUCUAUGCUUCGUGCACCAGUAUUUAAAGAUGUCCACACACAAAGAGUGCAUAUGAAGCAAAAACUGGCGGCUGGUUUCCGCCUAUUAGCAAAGUACGGUUGGGACGAAGGUGUUGCUGGACACAUGACAUUUCGCGACCCUGAGUAUCCUGAUUUAUUUUGGGUGAAUGCAUUUGGUCAAUACUUUGGUCACAUCAAGGCCAGCGAUUUGAUUCUUGUUGACCAUCAAGGAAGCAUUGUUCGUGGUAAUCAGUUUGUCAAUAAGGCAGCCUUUGUAAUCCACAGUGCUAUCCAUGAGGCGCGUAGGGAUAUUACAUGUGCCGUCCACACGCAUUCGAUGUAUGGCAGAACAUUCUCUACCUUGGGAAGACCUCUUUUACCGAUUUCACAAGAUGCUUGCGCAUUCUACAAGACACACAGUGUCUAUGAAGAUUUUGGUGGUGUGGUUUUUGAUGAAGAAGAAGGCCAGAAUCUUAUCAAGGCUUUGGGCCCAACCAACAGAGCACUUAUUUUGCAGAACCAUGGCUUGUUGACAGCAGGAUCCACUGUUGAUGAGGCUAUCUGGUUAUUUAUUUCCAUGGAACGUUGUUGUCAGUCUCAAUUACUUGCUGAGGCUGCUGCUAUUAAUGGGUACAAAGAUCUUAAGUUGAUUAGUGGCAAGGUUGCUGAAGGUGUCAGCAAGAAUAUAGCCGAUAGCAAAGCAUGUUAUUUCCAAUUUCAACCCAUGUUUAAUAUGAUAGUCAAAGAGAAUCCUGAUUGUCUUGAAUAAUAUAUAUAUUUUGUUAUUUAAAUUAAGAACUAAAUAUUAAUUUUACUCGUAAAAAGGGACCCUUUGAGUAGUCUUAUGGAGUCCAAAACAGGUACAAUAAACUCUAAAAACACAACAGGUUUAAUCACAGAUC